ACAACCUUCGUCAGCAGAUGUAUUUUUGAGUUGCAUUAAGUUUCCCCAGCGAACUGCAGGCCGCAAAAGACAAAUAAAUAAACCAAUUGGUGCCAAACAUUCCGCGGCCACGCAACAGAUAUCAGCGGAGCAGCACGUGCCUCUCGGUCCGAAAAUAACACACAACGGGGGGAGGGAAAAUCGGACGCCUUUGACAUUGAACAACAUUCGCGGGUGCAAAAAUAAAUCUAGGAAAUAAAACCCACACGAACAAAACGAUAUCAGCUGUUUGGCAAGUGCGUGCGGCGCGCGGCGGAAAAAUUCAUUAUUAAUUGUGCCAUCGGCGAAGAGAGGUGCCUUUUGCCAUUUCCCUCGGCGCAUUUUCCACAUUCCCCUCCGCGGCGGCGAGUCGAUUUUUCCGGCCAGCGAAAACUGGAACUUGCAAACAUAUCAUCGUCAGGCAUUUAUUCAAGUGUUGCGGUUGUGUAACCAGAAACCAGAGUCCGGCAAAAUGAGCAACGUCGCUACGAGCAGUGUCCAGGAGGCGCCCAAAAAGGCGGUGGCCUCCAAUGCCAUCAAGUUUCUGUUCGGCGGCCUCUCGGGAAUGGGGGCCACCAUGGUGGUGCAGCCCUUGGACUUGGUGAAGACCCGCAUGCAAAUCUCGGGCGCUGGCAGCGGGAAGAAGGAGUACCGCAGCUCGCUGCACUGCAUCCAGACCAUUGUUAGCAAGGAGGGACCUUUGGCCCUGUACCAGGGCAUUGGAGCAGCUCUGCUGAGGCAGGCCACCUACACCACCGGGAGAUUGGGCAUGUACACUUACCUGAACGAUCUGUUCCGCGAGCGUUUCCAGAGGGCGCCCGGCAUCACGGACAGCAUGGCCAUGGGCACCAUCGCUGGAGCCUGCGGCGCCUUCAUAGGCACCCCCGCGGAGGUGGCUCUGGUACGCAUGACCUCCGAUGGCCGGUUACCCGUGGCCGAGAGGAGGAACUACACCAAUGUGGCCAACGCCCUGGCCAGGAUCACCAAGGAGGAGGGCAUCACCGCUCUUUGGAGGGGCAGCCUGCCCACUGUGGGUCGCGCCAUGGUGGUGAACAUGACCCAGCUGGCCAGUUACUCCCAGUUCAAGACCUACUUCCGCAAUGGACCGCUCAAGAUGGAGGAGGGCAUCAAGCUGCACUUCUGCGCCAGCAUGCUGAGUGGCCUGCUGACCACCAUCACCUCCAUGCCGCUGGACAUUGCCAAGACCCGUAUCCAGAACAUGAAGACGGUGAACGGCAAGCCGGAGUACCGCGGCACCGCCGAUGUCCUGCUGCGGGUGGCCCGCCAGGAGGGAGUCUUCGCCCUGUGGAAGGGAUUCACGCCCUACUACUGCCGCCUCGGUCCGCACACCGUGCUGACCUUCAUCCUGCUGGAGCAGCUCAACCAAGGCUACAACAAGUACGUCCUGGGCGUGGACAAGAGCACUGGCCUGUAAAAUGUGUAUAGGGAUGUAUCCCAAUACCAUAUGGAACGAUCUGCGAACGAUGAACCAGCGUGUAUAUACAACGUUAAGUUUAAACAAAAACAUAGGGCAUUUAAAUGUCGGCAAUUCCGGGACAAUAUUACAUUAUAACGAUUAGCUUGAAUGUUGAACAGUUUUUUGUAGCGCCAUAAGUAUAAAGUGGAUUCUCAAUAAAGCAAAAAUGUUAUAACCAA